ACCAUCACAACACUGUUCAGAGAUGGCGGCGCUGUCAUCGCCGCUGCGAGUCUGCAGAGGAAUACUAAAAGAAUUGCGUGCCAUCCAUGGACCCACGUACAACCGGUCGCUGGCUUACAACUACGUAAUGGACCAGUUUCGUAAGAACAAGCAGGUGACAGCAGAAAGGUACUGCCGGGCCCAGGACGAGGCGAACCACGACUCGCACACCUACCUGUGUCUGCUGGCGUCUUCCAGGACCCACCAGGCCCUGCACAACUUAUACCACGUCAAGGGAGAGUGCAGCACAGCACAGGCGGCUAGCAUGGUGGGGCUCCGGUUGCCCACUCAGCCAGGAGGUAAAGGCUGGGAGAAUUGAGGACACGGGGCGGGGUAGGGGGUCCACUGGAAGAAAACAUUGACAUUCUCCCAAAAAAAUGACCUCUGUGCUGGAUUCCUCUGGUCUCAUACGUGCCCCCUCGUGGAAAAGUAAACAGUCAAGGGAUAAGUGUUGGACUGGAGAUCACGGAGAGCUUCGGGGGAACUCGUCUAUGAGGAAAAUCUGAUCAGAGAGCAUUUGAAGAAACUGUGAAAAUGUAUGCUAUGAUUCAAAUAAAUCUGUUUGUCUAGCUGAAAAUAUA